AUGCGAUCCACAAGAAAUCUCGAAGUUCAAGUCCGCUUUGAACGGAAACAAAACGAUUCAAAUCAGUUCUUUGUUAUUCGCAAGGUACAUUUUGCUGAUUUCUAUGAAGCUUCGACAGCUCUACACAAUAUCGCUGUUGUUGAUAGCAGUGCAACGUAUACUGGAGUACGGGGUGCAUUAACAUUAAUGAGUUGUAAGGUAUCACAUCUGAAGUACUGCACUGCUUUUGCAUACCGUAGAUAUCGGAAAAAGACGAAUUUUGUGAAAAUGACGUACAAGAUUAGCACGAUGAAGUACAAGAUUGCCCGUUAUUUGCAGUAUUUCGAUGAAAGCACUGUUGCUGAGAGAUACCAAAGGCGACAGUGA